AGAUCGGUCGAGCGUGCUACACUUUGAAAGGUCCUUGUCCUCUUUCAGUUUUACCAAUCACACGGUUUCAUGUAAUUCACGCGCUGCGAAAAACUAAAGUAGUUUAGAGUUCUUGAGCACCCUCAAAGAGUUUAACGAGAAUCCCCUAAGCAUUGGUACAAUCGGCAAGAAUCUUUUAUGCGUGCGCACUGUAUCUUUUCUGCAGCGUGCUCUCUUCGCGACUAGUGUUUCAACACGAUUUCUUGUCACUUUAGUCCCAUCGCGUUCGCCGGUCCGAUAGUACGUGGUAUGAGGGCAGGAUUCCGGGUCUGGCGUGUAAAGUGUUAAAUCGAUUGAACGAUUGGUUUAUUACGAAGAUACCUUCAGUGAUCGUUCGAAAAUUACAAUGUUACUCAUAAUUGCGGUGGCAUCUUAAUAUUCUUGCGGUUAGUGGAAGUAUAUAUGUACCUGUGAAACUAUACAUUCAAGUGUUCGUGUAUUGUGUGCAAAAUAUUAAGAAAAUUAUCUAAAUAUUUGAGUUAGAUAUUUUCGCACUUGUAUCAGAUUCGUGCCGCUGUGCGUUAGUGACUGUGAUAAAAUUUUUAGAGUGCCAAGUGAUCUGCAUCAGAAGCCCAUUUUCAUAGUCUGCACCGUCGCCGACCACUCAGGUGAAAUGCGAUUUUCCUAGAAAUCUGAUGCGUACCUGGACAAGCAUGCGCUGACUCAUCAGCUCUUGUGGUACUUCACUAAAUCAGCAUCCGCGGCUUUAGCUGCGCGGUCUUCUUUAUCGAACCUAUAAAACCUGAAUCACAGCCAACCCCAUAAAAAAUGAUCGAGAAACGAAAUUUAUAUCAAACACAGGAUUACGACGUGCCAUUCAGGCAUCCAAAGAAAUUACAUGCACGAGCCAUCUACGACAACAUCGCCGAUUCACCCGAGGAAUUGGCCUUCAAAAAGGGUGACAUACUAAAUGUGAUAGAACAGGACCCCGACGGAUUGAUUGGAUGGUGGCUGUGCACUCUACGAGGAAGACAGGGCCUAUGCCCCGGAAAUCGCCUACGAAUAAUCAACUCCUAUGACUCAGGCUGCUUCACACCAUCACCGUCAUCAUCGCCGAGCCCAUCGUUGGGGGCGUCGACAGCAUCAGUUUCAUCUGCAGACAUUUACGACACAUCGACACUACGAUCAGGAAAACGGAGGUCAUGGAGUAACUCUCAGAAGGUAAUCACCCCACAAAAAUGUGGUGAUGUAUACUUAUACGAUAUAUCAUCAUCAAGCCGCAGCAGUCCGUAUCAGAAUCUAAGCAUAAUGUCUGAUCCGGAAGCGUAUGACGUUCCCAGACCUGCAGUACAUAUACAGUCGAACUACGACUGUCCCAAACCACAUGUGAAAGAUACAAACCAUCGACAAGCACAACCGGAUGAUUCCUAUGACACCCCCCGACCGGCAACAUCACUUAGUCAACAGAACAUGACGCCUAGCAGCUCCAAUUCAUCCCUGAUGACCCCUGAUAACCUGAGCUUAUCAUCCUCCAAUCGAUCAUCUUUGGCCAAUAUGCCUGACUACGAUAUACCGCGUCGUAAUGCACCGCCAAUUCGAACGCCCACACCUCAGCAACCGAAUUCACUAAACAGUCAAUCUACCUAUGAUUUUCCACAACAGUCACAGAGGCUACUGCCCUCGAAUAAUGGACAAGACAAAAGUCUACCUCUUGUAACCAAGGAACUUCCAUUGGAGCUGGGCUCCGCUCUGGAGACCCUGGCGAAAUUACAAAACGAGGCAACCACAGCUGUAAUGAGGCUGCUCGCGUUCGUUAUACCAAAUUGGAGAAGUCGCGAAAAGUUGGAACCAGUUCUAAUGGACAUCAAAUUGUCCGCAGUACGACUAAAGACAGCACUUCAUGAUUUAGCAGAGUUUGGUGAAGGCACACUAGGGAAUGCAAGUCGUUCUGAAGAUAAAUCACUAGCGCAUAAACUUAAACCUCUAGUCAAAGCCUUACGAGAUGCAGACAAAUUGGUUCAUGAGGUGUCACAAACUUUGGAGGCUCAAGGCUGGACUUUGGAGAACCUUUCACGGAAAGAGCAAAAAUCAUGCUCUUCUCAACCUCCGGAUAGCUUAGACCAACUUAUAGCCUGUGCCCAAACACUAACAGAAGAUGUUCGCCUUUCUGCUUCAUUCAUCCAAGGGAACGCAACACUGCUUUUCAAACGGGUACCACAAACACCUACGAAUCCCCCAAGCAAUAAUAACAACAGUAGCGACGGAGAAUGGAUCGAAGACAACGAUUAUGUUAGCCUUGAGUCUAAAGACGCGGCCGCCAAAAAGAAUUCGGAGCUUCGUGAAGCCAUUCCACAAAAUCUGAAGAAGAAAUUCGAUAACGCAAUCAAGGCGGCUGAGGACACUGCCAUAAAUGCUGAUAAAAUAGAAUUGAACGCCAAUGAUAAAUUACUUAUAAAAUACUACGCAGUACAGAUAUCAACGCAUAUGGGCUAUCUUUUACAAGCAAUAGACUCAUUCUUAGAAACGGUAGAGAAAAAUCAACCACCGAAAUUCUUCAUCGCUUACGGAAAAUUCGUUGUUCUUAGUGCGCACAAUUUAGUCAGUAUUGGCGAUAUCAUUCACAGAAACAUUUCCCGCGAUGAUAUCAAAUCGCAAGUGCAAAAGUGCACCGAUGGACUAUCAGACGCCUUGAGGACGUGUGUUCAAAAAUCGAAAAAGGCCGCUCAGCACUUUCCCAGCGUGAAUGCUGUUCAAGAAAUGGUUGAUUCUGUGGUAGAUAUCUCACAUUUAGCGUCUGAUUUGAAAGUUGCAGUUCUUCAGUCGGUGCAGAUAUAAAAUAAUCGGCAAAUACACGCGAAAGCCUGUAGAGAAUCCAAGCCGAGUUUGAAGAUGCAUGGCGUCAGUACUUUGAUUUUCAGUAAUAUCUGUCAGGUUCCUUGACUAAGCACUUGAGUCAGUCUUAUGCGCUUCAACUCCAAUCGAUCCACUUGCAACUCUUCACAUAGGAAAUUAACAGUGACUUGAUUUUUUUAUUUAGAUAGUUAUCUAAAUAAGCCAUGGGUCAUUCACCCACUAGUGCAUCUAGGACUUUAACCCGGAACCGUUUGACAUAUUACUUCAGGUCAAGCUUAUUCAGUGCAGGAGCACAUCCCCAAGUGUCAGGUCUCAGCUACCCUGGCAUCUCUCAUAUUCAUCUUCCUCUUUUUCGCCUCAAGAAUGGCUUACGAAAAAGGUGUGACAUUCAUCAUCUACUGAAUACACCCGUGUCCGUUUAGCAGCUGGAUUAAGUAAUAGCCAAUCUCACCGUGCUUUCGAUUAAACCACGGCUGCAAGUCUUUGAUGGGAUGCACAGGCCAUCCACCACUCAAUUCUCUUUCCCAAUAUUGCUGCCAUGCGCAGAGAGUGUAGGCUCUUAAGCGAAAGUUUCCUCAUUUCUCUUGCCAUUUCUGCGGUAUGCAGAUCUCCGCUUAGUAUUAUGGAGUGCGAUCGGAGUAACUCCUGCUAUCACUAUUACUACUAUUACUUGGAGACGGCACCACAGGCGAAAAAGAUUCGUAAAGACACUAGUUUUUGUACUUGCGCUAGGCACUUGUGGUACAUCUCAUUACUGAGGAAAUCAGCUAUACUUGGAUAAGAGGCCUCCAACAUCAGCUGGCAAAUCGCAAAUAUUCUAACCGCAGCCUUGUCUGCGGUGUUGUGAAUCUGCUCGAACACACCCAUCUUAGUGUCAACCACGAUGCCAAGGUAUUUCACCCCCGACUUCGACAAAACCAUGGCUUCACCAACCUGAAUAGGGAGGACUGUGAGAACCGUUUUCUUUGUCAGGACAACGACUUCGAUAGAAAACUAUCGUGGAAGGCUUUCCAAAGGUCCGGACCAAAGGGCUUUGCAAUACAAUAAUACCCCUUUCAAAUUUGUAAUUCAAAUACUGGUUGGUAAAAAGGACCAUUUAAUCGAAUACUAGUUGCUUCCAAACACUCUUUCGCCGCUUUGUAAUACGAGUGCACACGUCCUCAUAAGGGAUGGAACGACAGUUAGCAAUAGUCAAACCAAGUUUCGUGAGUACAGGCUGAGCGUGAUUUCAACGUAAAUUUUAUAUGAACGUUAAAUGGCCUACAUUUUCAAGAAACCUAACCUAUAUGCAAACGGAUAACUCUAUCCAGAUCAAGAACAAGUUUGUUAUGAGUGUGUCUACAACACCCUCUGUGUCUAAAGAAAAUAAACAAGCCCUUAACAUACCCGCACCCACUGCUGACUUAGCGAAUUGGCAAUCCAGUCACAACAUCGCUACCGUAACAUAUUAAGCCAAAUUACGAGUAAUUCCUCAAGAAUCGAACGAAGUUGAUGUUAAACAUCAAAACUCGCGAAAUAAAUUGCUAACCUACUUACAAAUACAAACACAAGCACAAAACGAUAAAAGAAACAAACUUAAUUUAGAUAACAAUGAUCAAAUAUGUCGGAAGUACUUGCUGAAGACACCUAACAAAUACAACUAUAGACAUGUGUUUUAUAUCUCUACUGCAGCGUAGUAUUACGGAAACAAAAUUACUUUAAAAACUACGAAUAUUAACCUUAUCGAUAAGUAAUUUUUAUAUGUGAUAUUUUGUAUUAAAGGACAUCAAGAUGAAGAGGUUUGGUAUUCCCUUAUACGAAACCUACUGAUCUUGCGAUCCCUAUAGUUUAGUGUACAUAUGAGCAAGAGUGGGUCCUACGAAUAAUUAAGCUUAUGUAAUUUCAUUAUUUAACUGUAAGAAUUUGUUUGCAAUAGAUGUGAAUGCGUAGGAAUGGUAGUGAUAGAUGACGUGUAAUAUGCUUUGAAAAAUAGCUCGUUUUGCAAUUAUUCUUGGAAUAAUUGUGUCCCAAAAUUUUCCGAAGCAUGCUCACAAAAUGUUAUGAAUUGUUGGAUGUGAUGCCAUAGGAACAUCAGUUGAUUUUAUAAUCCUAAGCGAGAUGUAAUAAAUGUAAUGAUGGAAAAUCCA